GGUUAUUGUUGUGCUUGCUGAAUUUUUAUCAUAAAGCACAAAAAAUCGUGUCGAAUUUUAGUAAAACUUUGCCUUUUCAUUUAGGAAUCUGAUGUGAGGCGAUAUAAAGUCUAAGCGACUACGAGGCGCAGACUUUAGUUAAUUUAGCUGAUCAGCCUAGUCGUGAGCGGACAAGUGUGUGUUGGUUGCAGGAAAAGUUCGAAAAGUUGCCCUUUGUGAAAGUAAAAACUGUGAAUUUCAGCGACAAGCUAUUUGAAUACUAAAAAGCCGCAGGAUUAUCAAAGGAUCAUUAUGAUUGAGCGCAACAACACCAACUACAACUGUGUACAGCUACAACUUUUACUACUCUCUUUCAUCGCAUUACUAAUCACCACCACCACCAGCAUGGCGCUGCCCAUCAUGCCGGACUCACCCAUACAAACAAUUAUUGUGCCCUAUCAGCGGCAUACCGUUAGCGGUCAUCCCUAUCAAUACCCGAAAUUGACGAGCGAAAAGCGACAGGUGUUUGUGCCCGCUGUGUUAGAGGUGGUGCCACGCUUCAAUCUCAAUCAAGGAGAAAUAGCUCUGGGCAGCCAGAAAGGUACGCCCGUGAACUUCGUGGACGGUGCCUACCCGGUCUACUAUAUGCCGAGCAAUGUUAAUGGUAAAUUUAAUGGCAAAAUUGCGCUGCUGGAGGGCGUGUUGCAGUAGUAGUGGCGAAAAGCCUGGAGUUUCUAAGCAAACACUUAUUUAGUACAUACAUAACUAUACAUACAUACCUGCUUACUUUGUAACUUAAAUAGUAAUGCUAAUUUACUUCCACCUAACGAAUACACUGUGAUACGGAACGUGCGCAAUAGUCACAUUAAUGAAAAUAAUUUUAGUGAUUUGUAAAUUUUAAAGAGAAUAUAUAAUAAAGAUGUGGAUUAACAGCUUUAAAUAAAUAAAAAA